CCAAUCCAGCCGACGGCGAGCCUGACCCAGCGCGCAUUAUGAAACCUCUGCCCCGGGGCUAGGGUUUUCCUCCCCGCCGCCAUCGCUUCGCGUCCGCCGCCAGGAGAGGAGAGGAGAGGUAAGGAGGGAGUUUUGAGAAGCUCAAAUGGCUCCUAAAGCCGCUCCUGCCAAGAAGGCUGACGCCAAGGCCCAGGCCUUGAAGGUUGCCAAGGCUGUGAAGUCUGGGGCAGGCAAGAAGAAGACCAAGAAGAUCCGCACUUCGGUGACAUUUCACCGCCCCAAGACCCUGAAGAAGGCCAGGGACCCGAAGUACCCAAGAAUCAGCACUACCGGAAGAAACAAGCUUGAUCAGUACCAAAUCCUCAAGUACCCACUCACCACAGAAUCAGCAAUGAAGAAGAUUGAAGAUAACAACACUCUGGUGUUCAUCGUCGACCUCAAGGCAGACAAGAAGAAGAUCAAGGCCGCUGUCAAGAAGAUGUAUGACAUUCAGGCAAAGAAGGUCAACACCCUGAUCAGGCCUGAUGGGAAGAAGAAGGCUUAUGUGAAGCUGACCCCCGACUACGAUGCUCUUGAUGUGGCCAACAAAAUUGGCAUCAUCUAAGUUACAUGCAACUGGAUUCGGCAUCUGUGUCGUACUAGUUCUAUGUGAGACGAGAGUUUUUGUAGCUAUUACUUUCUAUGGCAUUCAGUGGAUCCAUUACCAUGUCUUGAUGCACGCUUAUGAGUUUGAUAUCAUCCAAGUGACCGAUUGAGCUAAUUUGAGCUUAUACUUAUGAGCAUACUGUCAGAUUUUCCUAUUACUAUUAGUAUUUUGUUUGUCA